UAGCCGGGUCGGACGCUCUAAAGAGGGGAAUUGGGUCAAAAAAGGAUGUUUUUAUGUGAUACCCCUAACUUCGAGAUUCACUGAGGUGUCUCCACAAUCCGUGCAGGUCUAUCCUUCGUAGGUCCCCUUAAUCUCCAACACCAUGGCCCUGAACCCAGCCAAGCCCAAGUCCAGCGUGCGCCUGGUUUUCUUUGGCGCGGCUGGCGUGGGCAAGACUGCGCUGAUCCAGCGUUUUCUGGCGGACACGUUUGAGGCUCAGCACAAGCGCACGGUGGAGGAACUGCAUUGCCUGGAGUAUGAGCUGGACGCGCAGCAGGUGCGCGUGGAGAUCAUGGACACGAGCGGCAGCUAUUCGUUCCCGGCCAUGAGGCAGCUAGGGAUCCGUCGUGGGGACGCCUUCGCCCUGGUCUAUUCGCUGCAGGAACCUGAGUCCUUCCAGGAGGUGCGGCGGCUGCGCGCCGAGAUCCUGGAGACCAAGGGCGAGGCGCCCAGCCCGCCGCCCAUCGUGGUAGUGGGCAACAAAAGCGACCUGGCGCCCAGCGGGAGCUUCCCCGACGCUGUGAUCGCUGCCGUGGAGCUCGAGUGGGGCGGCAUCUACCUCGAGGCGUCCGCCAAGCUCGGAGACAACGUACUGAGCCUCUUCCAGGAGCUCCUGCAGCUCGUGCACCUGCCCAGCCGCCUCAGCCGCCUCAGCCCAUUGCUGCGCCGUCGCCGCCAGACUUUCCCUGGGGGAGCACCAGAUGGGGCAGUGGGGACGGUCCCAACGUCCCGGGCAGUGAUGCGCAAGCGCCACAGUUGCGCAGUGUCGUAGCGCUCGCGAUUCCAUUUUCUCCGAGAGUCCCAAACCCAACGAAAGAACGCGCAGCCCCGACUUAGUGCCCUUCCCUUUCUCGGUUCUCUGCACCACUUUGGUUCAGACUCUUAAACCACCCCCCGGCUGAAGCUGCUACGGGUAUCCUGCCGCUACUAACUCGCCUCUCCCCGUAAGCGCAGCUGAG